AUGGAAUCUCGUAAUUGGAUGUAUAAUAGGACAAACGAAAAUCGAGGGGGGAUGAGGCAAGAAUUUGUAGACGGUGUCGAUGCUUUUGUUGGCUAUGCAAUGACACUUGAAACUUUUCUAAGUCAUGGCUUGGUUAGGUGCCCUUGUGUGAUAUGUCAAUGUAGGAAUUACGAGAAACCAGAGAUUGUUAGGUUUCAUCUCUAUAAAGACGGCUUUCAAAAAGAUUAUACAGUGUGGACUAGUCAUGGAGAAAUAAAUAGUAGUUUUGGUAGAUUUCAAGACUUUGUUGUUGGUGAAAGUAGUAGGGCGGUGGAACCUAACGUCCAAAAUUCUAGAAUGCACGACAUGGUUCAAGAUGCUUAUGGGAUGCAUUCCGAUUUUGAAUCCGGUAACCAUGGUGAAGAAGCUCCAAAUGAAGAAGCUAGUCGUUUUUUUGAACAGUUGAAAAAGGCUAGUCAGCCUUUAUAUGACGGGAGUCCCCACUCUCAAUUGUCUAUUGCUGUUAGAUUAUUAAGCAUCAAAGCAGAUUGGAAUGUUCCUCAAGGUGCAAUGGAUGCUGUGAUUGGCCUUAUACAUGAAUUAGUUGACCCGAAUUUAGAGAUACCUGAAAAUUACUAUAAGGCAAAGAGACUAGUGUCUAAGUUAGGACUCUCGUCGAUGAGAAUUGAUUGUUGUGAAAAUGGAUGCAUGUUAUACUAUAAGGAUGAUGAAGGGGUUGAGACGUUUGACGUUUCUCUUAAGCAGAAUUUUAAUUUGCGGGCCACUUUAAUGUGGACUAUUAAUGAUUUUCCUGCCUACGGGAUGUUGUCUGGGUGGAUGACUGCUGGAAAGUUAGCCUGUCCUUACUGCAUGGAGAAUACUAAAUCGUUCACUUUAAAGCAUGGCAAAAAAAAUUCAUGGUUUGAUUGUCACCGUCAGUUCUUGCCAAUGGAUCAUGAGUUUAGGAGUAUGAAAAAUGCAUUUAGGAAGAACAAAAUUGAACGAAACUAUCCACCUCCAAGACUUUCAGGAGAGGAAAUUUGGGAGAGGGUUGAGAACUUUCCAAAAGUUACUGAAGAACCACCGUACAAGUUCGAUGGGUAUGGGCUUGCACAUAACUGGACCAAACAGAGCAUAUUUUGGGAGUUACCAUAUUGGAAGGAUAAUCUUCUCCGGCAUAAUCUUGAUGUUAUGCACAUUGAAAAAAAUUACUUUGAUAAUUUAUUCAACACAGUAAUGGAUGUCAAGGGCAAGACAAAAGAUAAUCCAAAGGCAAGAUUAGACUUACAGGAAUAUUGUAUGCGUAAAGAGUUAUGGUUGUAG